AGAGGACCUCUGUCUCAUCAGGACUAGAUUGACGAUACUAAAUGUAUACACGCACCGCAUGUUUGAACAAGGUUAUUUAAAUUUAGAAAUCCAGAUAUUCUUGUUUCCUCAGCGUUCCAGUAAAAAAUCGUUAGGAUUGCAAUAUAAAUCAUUAGAUGUGAUAAAUGAAGAAGAAAUGAGUUGAAAACAUCUGUUCUCAAGUAAGUAAGACAAGAAGAAUGGUUCAAACAAUGGAUUCACCUCCUUUCGAUCUUCAAGCAUACCAGCCUCCAAUAUCACUAUGGAAAUUAGUGAAGCAAUAUGUACCUGAUCACGAGAGGGAGGAAAUCAAAAGCAUGUUGGGAGAAUCACUGAUUGACCAAAGUCAAGAACUUCACCAAGAGAUUGAGACUUUGUUAGAGAUAUGGAGGGAUUAUAGAGAAGAAACUGAGCAAAGUAAACCUGUGUGUAAACUUCCUGAACCCCCUGGUCUCAGAGAUCGGCUCAUUCAAGAAAUACAGUUCUUUGUUGACAGUGUUAAAGAAAAAGCAAAAUAUCAAGGAGUAAAUGCAGAUAAGAUAUUAUCCAGACAUAACACUGACAUUCUUGACUAUGCAUUAGACACUUAUCGUGAUGAUAGUUCAAGACCCUCCUCAAAAAUGACUGCCCGAGGUAAUGACGGAAGGGAAACUCCCAUGAUUUGUAGUCCUACAUGUAGUGACAGAACAUCUGAAGCAUCAAUACUAAGUGAAGAAGUUGAAGCUAUGAAUGAAAAGCUUAAUGUACUCAAGUUUGAUGAGGUGCUUGCUCAUUUAAGGAGCACAAUGGUGGAGGAAAUUGAAACAUUACUUAGAGAUAUAAGUUUUCUCCAAAGUUGUUUAGAUGAGGAGGCCACAUUUAGGGCAGAAUCAACUGGUACUUUAACAAGGGAGCCUACUCUGUCAGAAUUAAAGGAAGAGAGAAGCACACUAGAGAAAGAUUUAUUGUCCAAUAUGACAUCACAGUCUUCACCACCUUUGCUAAAACCAGCGUUCACUCCAACAUCACUGAUCAACAAACUGGGUUCACAUGUCUCUCCUGGUAACAAAUUGAAAUCAUUAUCAAGUCCCAAAACUGCUUCAUCCAAGUUAGUGAAAGCUGGACCAAUGAAAGCUUUUGUUUCACCAGAACCACAGACAUCUGGUCCUGUCAGAAGAGACUCUGUAGGCAAGGCUAAAACUCUUACAACUCAACAUGGUAUACAAAAUGAUCAUCAUCUUCAUAAAACUAAUGAUAGACUUAGAUCACCUCACACUUUCAGUGAAAGUACUUCAUAUAUAAAAAGGACAGGCAGUGGAAGUGCUAGCUCUAGAUUAAGGCAAAACUGUACAAAUUCAUACAAAGGGGAGUAUACUGAAAGUUUAAGUGGUGAUAAUAUAAGGGAAGUGUCCAAUACAGACCAAGUUUACAAUAAACGGAAAUUAGAAGCUGUUGUAACACUAUCAAAGGGAAAGACAGGUGAUGCCACAGAUGUUCAUAUGAUGCCAUCACCUCCUUCAUCAGCUAAACCUACAACUCCAAGACCUGGUUCAGCACAAAGAUUUAGAAAUAUGGUCCUUGAAUGUAGAGACUCCAGUUAAUGCUUUAAUAAAAUCAUUUAUUUUUCCUUCAACAAUUUUGUUUGUGUGAAAGCUCUGCUUCCAAAGUAUGAUUAUGAUCUGCACUUGUCAGUGUUGGCAUGGGUUAACCUUUUCUUAUCUAAAAAUAGCUAAGUUGUUCCUCUUUUAAAACUUAUAUUCUUUUUACUUGGUAAACCUUUUUGCUAAGGUCUAUUGUCUCUGAAACUAUCUCAAACGAAGUAUACAAGAUCAUUUUCAAAAUAUGACACUAUUUCAGAAAGGCAGAUGAUUCUAAAAUUCAUUUUUGCAAAGUUAUGCUCCUUUUUACCUUAUUUUUUGUUGUUUUAAGGUCAAUUUCUAAAAGAUUGUCAAAGUUAAUAAGUUCAAUUUUGAUACUUUUUCAAAUUUAAAAUAAGCAAGUACUUCUAAAGGGAAGCUAACAUUAUAAGUUAUUUGUGGGUAUUUUUACUUUGAAAUUUUUAUUAACCUUUUUGGUAAGGUAUAUUUCUCGAAAACUAUUAAAGAUAUUGACUUUAAACCUGAAGCACUUGUCCACUAUAAAAUUUGGAUUGCAUUUUAUAGUGGCAGAUUAUGCUGAAGAGCCAUUUAUUUUGCUAAUUUAUUCCCUCUUUUUUCAGAAUAUUUGCCAUUUUCUCUAAUAUUUAAAUGUAUUCACUUCACAUUUGUAAAAAUUGUUGACUUAAAAGGGCAGGUAAACUGCUAAGCAAUUUUGCAGAAUAUGCUCCCUUUUCUAUUUUACUUUAGAAAAAUGCACAAGUCAUGUUUUAUUUGUUUGAUGUUAUAAGGUGUUAUAUAAAAAGAUGUAUAUCUCUCAACUUAACCAAGUAAACACAUCCUGGGUUAAUGUUGAUGUUCAUAUUGACCACAUGCAUGGUGUAUAGUGAGAGUGAGCAUUUGAUUGUAGCAUGUUGUUACAACAUGUGAGAUAUCAUCAAACCAACAGUAUGAGUAUUACAUAUAUUUUGAUUGUAAAGGACACGUGAAUGUAUUAUAUGUGAGAAGUUUAAAGGUUAUCAUUUAUUUCUCUGCUGGUGACAUAUUUAUAAUAGUAAUUUUUGUACCAUUGGAAGACAGUGCAUGAAGAAUUCUUACAAUUUCAUUGUGAAUUUGAUUGAUUUAGUUACAAAAUCUCCAUGUUAGAGUAUAUCUAAGAAAUUUGUUUAACUAAUUGUUUCUUUAAAACUUUGUUUUUGACCUCUUUUUUUCCAUUCACAUUUUAUUUAUUACAUGUGUUUUUAGGCAUGUUCAUAUUUAUUGUUUACUUUUAAUAUGAUGUAAUUCCUAUUUUAAGUCUGAAAUUUUACUUUUUCAUUUUGGUAAAGUUUCCCUUAAGGGUUAUCCAAAAAUAUGUCUCUUUUUGUAAUAUAUACUUGAGGCAUUUAUUUAACAAAGCUUAGGAAAAUAAUAUAUGAUAAACAAACACUGAAAGUAGCUGUUUACAUUGUACAUCAUAAAAGUACAAGAAUUUUUAGAAACAUAACAGCAACAGCAAUGGUAUGGAAAAAAAUCUGACAUAAACAUCAUACUUUACAUGUGGUAGGUAAUCCAGCUAUCUUACAUUUGAAAACCAUGCUUCUUCAAGACCAGACAAAAUCAUUGAUUCAUUACAAAUGUCCACAGGGCCUCUCCUAGUUACUCAAUUUAUGAGACAAUAUUAUUUUAUGAUAUCAAUUGUAUAACAAAAUUUAUGAUUUUUCAUCAUUAAUUUAUAAACUUUGAUUUAUGCAAAUCUGAUUGUGAUACUUUAUUUAUUACUUUAUAACUGUGAAAAUGUACACUAAAAGUUUUGGAGAGAUGGUAUUUUAGACAUACAGUGUGCAAAACAUUUUAGUUGCCAUAUUUUGUGUUUUAUUGUUUUAUACCCAUGAUAAACUUUCUGUUGGUAAUCAAUGGUAAAUAUAUCCAUCAGUUGCAAAACGUAUUCCAAGAGCAGCUUCAUUAGAUCCAAGAAUACCUUCAUUAGAAGGAAAAAUUGUAAUGUUAUCUUUUUCUAAAAAAAAAUGCUUCCUUAUUCUCAGUAUCGGAGACAAAAUUUACUAAAGAAAGAUCACGUCAUUUUAAAUUCUUAAAAAGUUUGUUUGACAAUUUGACACUAACACAAGUUACACAACAAACAACAUACAUAUGUUUUAUUUGUUUUUAUCAAAUGCAAUAUGUUUUGUGCUGACAAAUACAAGGAAAAUGUAUUUGUAGGGUAAUCAUUCAUUAACAUAAAAUCCCCUGCUGCAUAGUGGGGAAGGGGUAAUAGGAAUGGUGUCUGUCCGUUUGUCUCUCAAUAUGUUUGUCUCUGACAUUUUCAUUUGUGCAUCAUGAUCUUUUAACUGAUGUAAAGUUUUUAAAAAAUCUUGGCACAAAUGAUCACCAUUAUGAGAUGAUGUGCAGAACAUAACAACCAGGUUGCUACACCCAUGGUCAAUGUCAAUGUUAAAGGUCAAAUGUAAAAGGCCAAUAUUUCCUGACCACUUUAUAACUUUUUAACUGAUGAAAAGUUUUUAAAACAAUUUGGCACAAAUGAUCACCAUUAUGAGAGAAUGUGCAAAGUGCAACAAGAAGGUCACUACACUCAAGGUCAAGGUUACUCUUAAUGGUCUAAUGUAAAACGUCAACAUUUCAGGUCUGCUUGAUAUUUUUUAACUUAUAAAACUUUUUUUUAAAAAUAACUUGGUAUAAAUGAUUAUAUUUUGAGGUGUAACAUCUCACAUGUUAUCAGUUAUAACCAGAUUGUUAUAAAUUAUGAUUGUUAUAAUCAGUUAUCAGUUCCAGUAUUCUACUGUAGCAGAGGAUAUCUCUGUCCUUUAUAUAUAGUUAAUUUACCUCCUGUUAACUGUUAGUCUUGUCUUCUUUUUGAGUCAAUGAAUAUAUCAUAUUUUAUGAAUCUUGCCAAAAUAAUAAAACUCACUAAAUUUAUAUGGGAAAUAUUGUAAUACAUGUAUAAAUAAAUAAAUAAAUAAAAAAGUGUUCUUAAAGGAAAACAGCUUCAGCAUCAUUUACAUUUAUAAGCAAUGUAAUGUAGGGUACACACAUAACUAUAGUUAUUACAGUAAAUAAUGAAUUACAAUUUUGAUUAUAAAUUAUCAUUUUGUAAAAGACAACAUGAAGAAAAAAUACAAGGGAACUCAAAUGAAAGUGUGAGAGUAGUUGGUUAUAGUUGAGAAGUUACUGCCUGUACAUGCAUUUGAUUAUAUAUCGUAGUAUUGAUAUAAAGUAUUUCAAAAUGUUUUCUUUAUUUAUUUGGAAUGUGCUUUUUUUUUCUAUGAAAAAAAAUCAGUUUUGAUGUUUAUGCGCACUAUUCCUGUAGUUGUUUUGUAUUGAUGUUAAAGAUUUGUAUUGAUGUUAAAGAUUUGCCGAGUUACUAUGACUGGUGUACUCUAUUUCAUCCCAUUUAUUAUGCAUGAAAAAACAAUUAAUGUAUAAAAUUGCACGAAAAAUCGGAAAGCCGCAACUAGGACUCGAACCACGGGUCGCUUUAUAUAAAUCUGUACUAUCUAAUCGUUCGGUUAGCUCAAUAGGUAGAGCACUGAACUGUGAAGUGGGCGAUUCCUGAACGGUACAGGUCACUUUCGUUCUGAUAUAUAAUGAAAUCCUUUCCACGCUCAUUCGACAUGUAUAAUAGUUAUCAGUUCCUUGCUCUAGUGACGUUGUUUAGUACUGGUAAACUGUUUGACAGCUUGCCUAGGAACGACAUGGUGCCUAAACUGUGCUCUAGUGGAUUCAAAGUGGCUUACUGUCGUGUGCCGCCGUGAUCCGGAUGAUAAAUACCACCACCAUCUACUCUGUCUGAAUGUUCGUUUUGCAUUCUCAUGUUCUAGAAAUUUUACACUAACCUUGCUGAUUGCUGAAAAUAAGAAAUUAUUUGUAUAUAUAUAUAGAGACUGAUGAAGAAUACGGCUUUGUAAGCUGGCAUGACUGUAUAAUUGCAGCAUUUAACCAACUCUUUCUGACAUGUGUUAUUAAAAUAUUAAAAGAGAAAAAGUCACGCGAAAUUUAUAAGCAAAAUGUAACGGCAAGAAAGGGAGCGACGAGUAUCAAUUUACUUCACUUGAUAAGACGUGUUGAUUGGUGUCUCGUUGGAGCUUAUACUAUAUAUAUCACUAUGUUUCAUUGUGGACAAUUUAUAUACGGAAUGUCGAAAUAAGCUAGAUUUUAUUUUCACAAAUAAUAUAUAUAAGAAAGUUUUACUGGAAUUAAUUUGAUAGAUUUAUUUGUACUUUUUAA